UGUGAAAAAUUAUCCAAGUUCUUAACGCGAUUUGUGACGCGCCAUGACUCAAAACUUUCAAGUGAGCUACACAGCCCUUGGAAUGUCUGAUGAUAAUCAAACCAGCUACUCGAUGCCCUCGGUGGCAUCGUCUAGCCGUGCCCGCAAUGUCAACUUCAAUGAGGAUCUCAACGAUUCGGCCGGCUAUCCGCCGCAACAAUUGCCGCCCCAGCCAAGACGCAGCUCCAAGUUAUUCUUUCAACGCCCUCGCUCCAUGUCAGCCUGGAGUGAUAUCAGUCGCAGCAGCAUGCGUUUGGAUGAAAGGUAA